CAGCUGUUUCUGGGACAGUGCUGGAAAACGCAUCAGUCAGCCGACUGAGUUGUAAACUUUUCUUUGCCAAAUAAUAGCAAUGAUUGUUCUUGGAAGACUACUAGGACUUUAUUAGCAACAUGGAAAUACAGCAAACGUCGCCCAGCCUGGCCGUAUCGGACACGAACAGCACCUGCGAGUACCUGGAUGCAGAGGGCGAGCCGGAUCCCAGCGACAUAGACAGCAACUUUUACGAGGAGGCGGAUCACGAUCACGAUCAAGAGGCUGAGCAGCAGAAACAUAGUAUUAUCUCUGAGCUACGCGAUGGGCUGGAGCCAAGCACUAGCUCUACCAGCGCCAUCAGUCCGGAGCCAGGCAAGUCCAAGGGACUGGCCGCCUCCGUGGAAUCCCUAGCCCUGAGCACCUCCACCAGCGCCAAGACAGAGGACAGCAGCAGCAACAGCGCUGCCUUGGACGACGACCAGCACGACUACCAGCACGACAGCGUGUGGCGCGGACAAAAGAAGCACAUCUUUAUACUCAGCGAAGCGGGCAAGCCAAUCUUCUCGCUGCACGGCAACGAGGACAAGCUGGUCACCCUCUUUGGUGUCAUUCAGGCACUGGUCAGCUUCGUGCAGCUCGGGCAGGAUGCCAUCACGUCCAUACAUGCGGGCGGCAUCAAGUUUGCCUUCAUGCAGCGUAGCUCCCUCAUCCUGGUGGCCGCAACGCGCACCAACAUGAGUGUGCAGCAGUUGCAUCUGCAAUUGGGGGAUGUCUACAAUCAGAUACUGUCCAUACUGACCUACUCACACAUGACGAAGAUUUUCGAGAAGCGCAAGAACUUUGAUCUCCGUCGCCUGCUCUCCGGUAGCGAGCGGCUGUUCUUCAAUCUGCUGGCCAACGACAGCAGCAGUGCUCGAGUGUCCAACAACAUUUUCACUUUUCUGACCAACUCCAUACGCGUCUUCCCCCUGUCGACGACAGUUCGCUCGCAGAUCACCAGCGCCAUACAGAGCAACUGCUCGAAGAUCAAAAAUCUGGUGUUUGCCGUGCUGAUAGCCAACAACAAGCUGAUUGCCUUGGUGCGCAUGAAGAAGUACUCUAUACAUCCGGCUGAUCUCCGCUUGAUUUUCAAUCUGGUCGAGUGCUCCGAGUCGUUCAAGAGCUCCGAGAACUGGUCACCCAUCUGCCUGCCAAAGUUCGACAUGAACGGGUAUCUGCAUGCACAUGUCUCGUAUCUGGCGGACGACUGUCAGGCGUGUCUGCUGCUGCUCUCUGUGGAUCGGGAUGCCUUCUUCACGCUGGCCGAGGCAAAGGCCAAGAUUACCGAGAAGCUGCGGCGAAGCCAUUGCCUGGAGGCGAUCAACGAGGAGCUGCAACAGCCGUUCAACGCAAAACUGUAUCAGCAGGUCUUGGGCAUUCCCGAGCUGCGACACUUCCUGUACAAGCCCAAGUCGACGGCCCAGCUGCUGUGCCCCAUGCUCAGGCAUCCGUACAAGUCGCUGCAGGAGCUGGAGCGUCUCGAGGCGAUUUACUGCGGUCUGCUGCAUCGCAUCCACAACAGCUCUCGGCCCCUAAAGCUCAUCUACGAGAUUAAAGAGCGCGAAGUAGUGCUGGCCUGGGCAACGGGCACGUACGAGUUGUACGCCGUCUUUGAGCCUGUGGUGGACAAGGCCACGGUGAUCAAGUACGUGGACAAGCUGAUCAAAUGGAUCGAGAAAGAGUACGACGUGUACUUUAUACGAAGUCAUGCCACAUUCUGAGCUUGCCGAGCAUGUGGUGAGCAUUUGUAUAGCUAUAAAGUAGAGUGACAUGUGAGAUACAGAUACAACUAUUUUUAUAUUUAAACAAACUUUCGCUGCCUCUAAAUUGUUAACGUGUUACGCCGAACGAUGUUGUUGCGUUGCAGUUUUUAUGGCGUUUAUUUAACUUAAUCAUGUAUACCAAUAAUACGCAUGUACAUUUGUAAUCUAAGUAAA